GCGCAGGGUCCUUAAAAGCCGCUGCAGCGCGGAGACGCCGAGUUUGCCCACCGCGCGCACGCAGCAACAUGCACGUGAACGGCAAAGUGGCGCUGGUGACCGGCGCGGCGCAGGGCAUCGGCCGAGCCUCUGCGGAGGCGCUGCUGCUCAAGGGCGCCAAGGUAGCGCUUGUCGACUGGAAUUUUGAAGCAGGUGUAAAGUGUAAAGCUGCCCUGGAUGAGCAGUUUGAACCUCAGAAGACUCUUUUCAUCCAGUGCGAUGUGGCGGACCAGGCACAACUUAGAGAUACAUUUAGGAAAGUUGUAGAUCACUUUGGAAGACUGGACAUUUUGGUCAAUAAUGCUGGAGUGAAUAAUGAGAAAAACUGGGAAAAAACGCUGCAGAUUAACUUGGUUUCUGUAAUCAGUGGAACGUACCUGGGUUUGGAUUACAUGAGUAAGCAAAAUGGAGGUGAAGGUGGCAUCAUCAUCAACAUGUCCUCUUUAGCAGGGCUCAUGCCUGUUGCACAACAGCCUGUUUAUUGUGCUUCAAAACACGGCAUAAUUGGGUUCACGCGCUCAGCGGCGAUGGCUGCUAAUCUCAUGAACAGUGGUGUGAGACUGAAUGCCAUUUGCCCAGGCUUUGUUAAUACACCCAUCCUCAAGUCCAUUGAAAAAGAAGAAAACAUGGGACAAUACAUAGAGUACACGGACCAUAUCAAGGAUAUGAUGAAAUACUAUGGAGUUUUGGACCCAUCAAUGAUCGCCAAUGGAUUAAUAACACUCAUUGAAGAUGAUGCUUUAAAUGGCGCUAUUAUGAAGAUCACAACUUCUAAAGGAAUUCAUUUUCAGGAUUAUGAUACAACCCCAUUUCACACAAAAACUCAAUGAACAGCCUCUGUGUCAGCCUUAAUGAAAAUAAGAACAAAUGACAUAUUCAGACCAUGUCUUCAUUUGAAUGUAGCUUUUUAAAAUGAAAUGUUAUCAUUUGAAGCUUCCCUUCAUGCAUUUGAUGUUAAUUUUUUUUUCUGAACGAUUAAUUAAGUAUAUAGAUUUAAAAAACUUAGAAACUAUCAAAAAUAUGACCUGGACCAAAGCUAGGUUUUGAUCUUUAUAGUCUGCACAAUAAUUAAAACAAAGGAUAUUCCAGGAAUAUUCUGCCUUUCAGAAAAUAUAUGUAAAUUUGUGAUUCACAAAUGUUAAUGUUUUUCAGAGCAUCAUAUUAAAGGAGAUACUUGAAUUGUUAUUUAACUCAACCAGGUGUAAAAAAACUCAUUUUGUUUCUAUGUUCUCACUUUAAAAGAAAGAAGCUACCUACAAUGGCAAAUAUUUCAUAACAAUAACUUAAAUACCAUCUUUCAGCUGAAUAUUUCAGCCCUUGAAAGAUGUAGCAUCUUUGGGGGGCCAGUAGGUAAAGAAUAAAUUACAGUGUGAAUAUAUCCCAAAUGAAAAACCUAAUGUAUGGAAAAGUGACAGAAAUUAACUGGCUGAGAUGUUGAUCCACAGCUCAGCCUCCCAUCUGGUGAAAACAUUUCUUUCUUCUUUGCUAACUUUAAGAAUUUUAACUCGAAAAAUCUCAGGAAUGAAGCUUCUAAUAGUUACAGCAAAAAGGGUAGUUAGUGCUCCUAAAAUAUCAUAUUAGGACAUGCAUGUUAAGAAAUAAAUACAAAUGUAAUUUUUUUCAGGUUAUUUUUUGUUGAUUUGUGCCAAUUUCAAAAGUGCCUACUUUUCUAUAAUUUUUUUUUUCUAAUCUCCAGGAGUUAUUUAGUGUUCUAUGUAUAGCUGUUGAGGAGAAGAAAGCAGUUUUGUAGAAACAUACUGUAGAUAUUUCUUUGUGCUCAAACCCAUAAUAAAAAGUGGUAAAAAUA